AUGAGACGCCACCAACAACCCGAAAACGAGGAAAACGUCGACCUCGACGUCUUCCAUCAUCACUCGCCUCCUGCCGACUACCAGCAGCCUCAGCCGCCCCAGCUGCACCACUCCAACCACUCCAACUAUUCCGACCUUUCGUCUUACGAUGAUUAUCGCGGCCGAGCUGUAGCUGACUUCUCCCGUCCCAUGCGCCCUCCGCAGCAGCCCUACCUCGAGGAGUACGGUAACGCGCCCUCACCGUCCUGGGGCCCAACUCACGUCUCUCGCUACAGCCAGCAGUCCUUCGAGACGCCCCUUCAAUCCCGCUCGGCCUCACCCACUCUGGUCAGCGGCCGUGCCACUCCAAUGGAUCGUAUACCACGUCCUAAGAACAACAUGGACUCCUGGCCAAACACUCCGAUGUACCAGAGCAAUGUCAGUCUCGCAGCUCUACUCCCCAAUGCACCUCCUCCCGUCAUGGCCAAGGACUGGGUCAAGGAAGGCUUCAUUGCUCGCUUACACGACCGUGAUGAUGCCGAUUCCUGGAAGGGGUGGAAAAGACUCCUCUUCCGUGCCGUCCCACUCCUCACUCUGCUCAACACGGCUAUGUAUUGCGCCUACCUCGCUUACCGAAUCUACUGUGUCAUCUCCGCCCAAAAUGCUUACGGCAGCACCUUUGUUUUGGCCUGGGUCUUCAUUGCUGUCGAAUUCGCUGUGGCCAUUCCAACCAUGAUGCACAACAUUUGGACCAUGCUAGCUCUGAAGAAGCGUCAACGUCCCAAGUUGCGCCUCGUCGCCGAAGACGUUCCCACUGUCGAUGUUUUCAUUACUUGCUGCGGUGAAGAGGAUGACAUUGUUCUCGACACUGUUCGUGGUGCUUGCGACGUUGACUACCCCCGCGACCGCUUCCGUGUCAUUGUUCUAGAUGACGCCAAGUCGGCUACUCUCGAAGUCGCUGUCCAGGCUCUCGACUCCGUCUACCACAAUGUCUACUACAUGGCUCGUACCAAGACUCCUGGCGUACCUCAUCACUUCAAAGCUGGUAACCUCAAUUACGGACUUGACAUGACGCAUAACCUUCCUGGUGGCGCCGGCCAGUUCAUGGCUGCUUUGGAUGCUGAUAUGAUUCCCGAGAGAGACUGGCUGCGUGCCAUUCUGCCCCAUCUGCUCAUAGACGACAAGAUGGCUCUUGCUUGCCCGCCUCAGCUCUUCUACAACACUCCCGCGUCUGACCCCCUCGCUCAGAGUCUGGACUUUUUCGUCCACGUUAUUGAGCCCAUCAAGGAUGCCCUUGGUGUCGCUUGGUGCACCGGUUCCGGUUACGUUGUUCGUCGCGAGGCUCUCGAUCAGAUUGGCAAUUUCCCUCUGGGCUCUCUGGCGGAGGAUGUUGCCACAUCCACACUGCUACUUGGUAGAGGCUGGAAGACGGCAUUCAUUCACGAGGCCCUGCAGUUUGGCACUGUUCCUGAGGACUUUGGUGGACACCUGAAGCAGCGUACCCGUUGGGCUAUUGGUACUGUCGACACGGCUUUCAAGCUCAAGUUCUGUCUGUACGGUGACAAGGUCAAGCAAAUGAGCUUCGCGCAACGGUUUUCCGGCUUCCUGUACGCUUCUUUGAGUCUGUACACUGUGCUCCUCACUGUCUCUCUCUUUGCCAUUCCCAUCAUCCUUCUCAUGCGCCGCCCCCUUGUCGCCUAUAACGAUCAAGUUGGAGAUGAACAGCUGGUUUGGCUUAUUCGUGCCUGCUUUGCUGCCACCAUCACCAAUCGUCUCUGCGAGUUUGCUCUUUUCCUACCUGCCGGUUACCACACCGGUCAGCGUGGUUCUCGCUACCAGAUCUGGAUGUCGCCCUAUAUUGCGCUUUGCAUCGUUCGCUCCUUUAUGCUUCCCUCGUGGCUCGGCGGUCAGGCUCAGGCAUUCAAACCGACUGGCUCUCUCGGCUCAGCCCUCAAUGAACGUGAUGCUCGUCACCGCAAGGGUAUGGGCCGUCGCCUCGUUGGCAUUUGCUUCAACUAUAUGGCCAUUUUCCAUCUGCUAUUUGUGUACAUGACCCUUGUUGGAGCCACUAUGACGACCUUCCUCUGCUUCACUGAGUUUUCGGCUUUUAAGGAUAUUGCGCGAGCCCUCAUUACCCACGCUUUCUGGCCUCCCUUGACGUUUAUCUUCCUCUGCAGCUCUAUGUGGACUCCAAUUGGCUAUGCCAUUGACCCUCCUACUGUGCCUGACCGGGAGGAUCUUUUGAUUCGCGACCCUAAGACGGACGUCGCCCACCCCAACAGGAAGAGUAAGAAGAUUGCCUUUGGUCAGCAGGCGGCCUUCUUCGAGCUCGAAUACACCGCCACCUCUCUGUACACUAUUGCUGUUUUUGUCGCCUCGUUCAUCCUUUUCUAA